GUUGAAGUGUAAAUGGAGACAUGACACAGUUGUUUGGGAAUUAGAAGAAACAAUAUAGUAUAAAUCCACUGAAUUCAAAACUGCUGAAGUGAUAUUUAAAUAGUCACUUGAACUCAGGCUCGGUGCAGUCGCUGGCAGCGAUGGAGGCGGUCCCCCGUAUGCCAAUGAUCUGGCUGGAUCUGAAAGAGGCAGGGGAGUUUGAGUUCAGCCCGUCCGUGAGGCAGUUCAUCCUGAAGAACUAUGGGGAGAAUCCAGACAGCUAUAAUGAACAGCUGAAGAAGCUGGAGACACUGAGACAGGGUGCGGUGAAUGUGACGCGGGACUUUGAGGGCUGCAGCAUUUUGAGGAAGUACUUUGGGCAGCUGCACUACCUCCAGAGCCGUGUGCCUCUGGGGCCUGGGCAGGAAGCAGCAGUACCCAUCUCAUGGACAGAAAUAUUUUCUGGAAAAACAGUCACUCAUGAUGACAUCAGCUAUGAGCAAGCCUGCAUCCUCUACAACCUGGGUGCUCUCCACUCCAUGUUGGGAGCCAUGGAUAACAGGGUGUCUGAAGAGGGGAUGAAGGUGUCAUGUACACACUUCCAGUGCUCCGCGGGGGCCUUCUCCUACCUGAGGGACCACUUCAGCCACAACUUCAGCGUGGACAUGAGUCACCAGAUCCUUAACCUCAACAUCAACCUCAUGCUGGGUCAGGCUCAAGAGUGUCUCCUGGAGAAGUCCAUGCUGGACAACAGGAAGAGUUUCCUUGUAGCCCGCAUCAGUGCUCAGGUGGUGGACUACUAUAAGGAGGCAUGCAGGGCUCUGGAGAACUCUGACACGGCUUCCAUGCUGGGUAAAAUCCAGAAGGACUGGAAGAAACUGGUGCAAAUGAAGAUCUCCUACUUUGCUUCCAUCGCCCAUCUGCAUAUGGGGAAGCAGGCUGAGGAGCAACAGAAAUAUGGAGAGCGGCUGGCUUACCUGCAGAGCUCAUUAGACAAACUCAGUGAAGCCAUCAAGUUGGCCAAGGGUCAGCCGGACAGUGUGCAGGAGGCCUUGAAGUUCACCAUGGACGUGAUAGGGGGAAAGUUCAACUCUGCCAAGAAAGACAAUGACUUCAUUUACCAUGAGACUGUCCCCUCGUUGGAGACUCUUGCUUCCGUCAAAGGUGCCCCCUUGGUGAAGGCCUUGCCCGUGAACCCAACUGAUCCCAGUGUCACAGGACCAGACCUGUUUGCCAAGCUGGUGCCCAUGGCUGCCCACGAGGCCUCCUCUCUCUACAGUGAAGAGAAGGCCAAGUUGCUUCGGGACAUCAUGGCCAAGAUAGACAGCAGGAAUGAGACUCUAGAGCAGUUUAUGGACUCUCUGGGUCUGGAGCCAGACUCCGUAGAUAACCUGGACAUGUACAGUCACAUCCCCCCUGUACUUAUGGAGAAGUGUGCUGCGCUCAGUGUCAGACCAGACACCGUCAAGAGCCUCAUUCAGUCCAUGCAGGUCCUGUCUGGUGUGUUCACGGACGUGGAGGCGUCUUUGAGGGAGAUCCGGGACGUGCUGGAGGAGGACGAGGCCGGGGUGCGGGCGCUGCAAGAGGCGGCAGGAGGAGGCCCCGCGGCGGAGCUGCACCCCCAGGCACAUGCCCAGACCCUGGCUGAGAUCCGCAGGGACCUGGAGAAGUACAUGGAGGCCCAUGAGAAGGCCAGCUUCACCAACACAGAGCUGCACAGAGCCAUGAACCUGCACAUCAGUAACCUGAGGCUGCUGGGGGGACCACUGGAUGCCCUGAGAGAUGCCCUGCCGAGGCCACAACUCAACCAGGAGGAGGUGGCGGGGCUGCAGUGCAUGAAGAGGAUCCUGGGUAAGGUGCAGGAGAUGAGGGACCAGAGGAGCACCCUAGAGAAACAGCUGCGUGACCUCAUCCAGCAGGACGACAUCACUUCCUCCCUGGUCACUACCGAGCGCACUGACAUGAAGAGGUUGUUUGAGGAGCAGUUGAAGAAGUAUGAGCAGGUGAAGGUGUACAUCGACCAGAACCUGUCUGCCCAGGAGAACAUCCUCAAGGCUCUGACGGAAGCCAAUGUACAAUACUCCUCGGUCCGCAAGGGUCUCGCCGAGACGGAACACAAGUGGAACGGCACGGUGCAGACCCUGGUGGCGUCCUACGAGGCUUACGAGGACCUGAUGAAGAAGUCCCAGGAGGGGAAGGAGUUCUACGAGGACCUGGAGACCAAGUCCUCCCGCCUGCUGGAGAGAGCUAAAACUCUGUGUCAGGCCAGGGAGGAGGAGAGGAAGGCCGUGCUGGACAGGGAGACCCAGAAGAAUCCCCCUUCUCGGCCCACUGCAGCCAAACCGUCCCUGGGGUCCAAGGGGGGCUCUGACGUGGACUCUGCCUGUUCUAGUUUGGAGGAUGCCGAGCUAGCCCAGAUCAACGCUGCUAUACUGAGCCUGGGAGGAGACCUGCCUGACGAGCUCCAUAGUCUACCCCCCGACCACCCCUCCCUGCACUCUGCCAUUCGCCCGCUCUAUACCUCUCAGUUCCCACCAAACCAUCGCCCGCCCCAGUUCCCCGGCCCACUCCCCGCCCAGCGUUUCCCUCGCGGACCCUUCACUCAGCUACCCCCCCAGCAGACCCCUGUUUCUGGCUACACCCCUCCCCAGCCGCAAGCCCCCCAAACUGGGGGAGUCGGGCCUGCCCGUGCCCCUUUCCUUCCCUCCACUACUACAGUAGAUAGUAUCCAGACCCCCAUCCCCAGUUAUAACUCAGCCCCACGCCACCCUGUACCACCUACUGUCUCUGCAGGCUACGCUGUUCCCCCACAGAUGGGUGUGUACCCACAGUACAUGACCCAGCCUGGGGUGCCCAUGCAAGCACCCAGCCAGGUGCCACACCAACAUCCACAGCAUCAGUACCAACACCCUCCUGGGCAGCUGCCCCCUGGCUACCAGUCUGCCCCCAGGGCUAUGCCCGGGCCCCGACCCCCUCCCCAGGCACAGCAGGGUUACCCACAGUACAUCCCCCCCCAGCACCAGCCCCGGCCACCCAUGCCCCCCCAGUAUCAGCAGCCAUAUCCUGGUCAGCCCCAGCCACAACCCCAGCAUGGCUACCAGCCACAGUUACCACAGGGCUAUCAGCCUCAACACCCUCAGCAGGGCUACCUGCCCCAACAGCCCCCACACAUGAUCCCAAGGGGCCCUCACCCACAGAUGCCCACCACUUCGCAGCCCAUGCCCCCUGUCUCCCAACCAUACAUGCAACCUGCCAACCAACAGAUGCCCCUGCACCCUCAUCAGCAGAUGCUACCUCCCCAACAACAACACAUGCAUCCCAACGCCCAGCAAAUGCACCCGCAUCCACAAAUGCACCCUGGCCCUCAUCAGCAGAUACCCCCUAACAGCCAGCCAAUGCCCCCAGUUUCCCAGGCUUACCUGCCCCCCACCAGCCAGCCCAUGCCUCCUGGCCUGCACCAGCCCAUGCCCCCUGCUUCCCAGCCCCAACAUGUCCACCUCCCUCAGGCUUACCUGCCCAGGGGCCCCCUCCCACCUCAGGGGCCCCAGAUGCCCCACCCUGGUCAACCCCCCCAACAUGUCUACCAGCCCCAGUUACCACAGGGCUAUCAGCCUCCUAUAAUGCCUCAAUCAGCCCCCCAACAGUCCCAGGCUCCCCAGCCUGUAGCCCCCAUGACCCCCACCAUGUACCCUACUCCUCCAGGUGUGAACGGCUCUCCCGGAGCCCCACCACAGCCCACCUCUAUGGGCCAACCUCGGCCCCCUCCCCAGCACAUGAUUCCACCAACUGCUGGAGCUCCUCCAGUGGCCCUCCCACCUAACGUCAUCCUUCCCUCGCCCUCCCCUUCCCCUUCUCCCUCCCCGGGCCCCUCUUCCCUAGGCCUGGCUCCUCAGAGGCCCUCCCCGGCCCCUACCCCUGGCGGUCCACCCUCUCUCCCUUCCUCCUUAUCCCCCUCCACCUCCCUCUUCCCGCACCAGAACUCCAUCACAGACGACCUGCUCUCCUCCAGCCCAGAGAGCCAGCCCGGUGGCCCCAAAGCCCCCGCCAACGUCCUCCAACCCACCAAGGCUGACCCUCAGGACGGGGAGCGCCGCAAGAAGAGCUCCCAGGGUGUCCGACUGAUCCAGGGUGACCCGUACCAAGCCCCCGAACGCGUAGCCCGCCUCUGCGGCGAACUCGAACGCUUCCGGUCGGCCGUGGAGUCUCUUGAGCGCCCGUCGGUGGACGAAGGUGGCCUGUCGCCGCUGGAUGCCCGCUGGAAGGAGCUCCAGGAGGGGCAGGAGAGGGACGCCAGGCAGCUGUCCAUCGCCAUCGCCCGCUGCUACACCAUGAAGAACCGUCACCAGGACGUGAUGCCAUAUGACUGUAACCGCGUGCUGCUGCGCUCGGGCAAGGACGACUACAUCAACGGCAGCUUUGUGGAGGAGCUGUCGCCCUACUGCCCGCGCCUCAUCGCCACGCAGGCGCCGCUGUCGGGCACGGCCGCCGACUUCUGGCUCAUGGUGUGGGAGCAGAAGGUUUCACUGGUGGUCAUGCUGGUCUCAGAGCAGGAGUUAGAUAAGGGAAAGGUUUUGUGCUAUUUCCCGACAGAACGCGGCCAGCAGCUUGCUCAGGGACCAAUCACAGUCACCCUGACUACGCAGAAGACCACGCCCACCCACGUGGAGCGAAUGAUUGGCCUGCAAUACCGUGACCAGAGCCUCAAACGCACCGUCAUACACCUACAGUUCACCUCCUGGCCUGAGCUGGGUCUUCCUGAGAGCAAGAGCAAUCUAAUCUGCUUCAUCCAGGAGGUUCAUGGAUACUACCUGCACCAGAGGCCCUUACACACACCUAUUGUUGUGCACUGCAGCUCUGGCGUGGGGCGUACCGGCGCCCUCUGUUUGCUGUAUGCAGCGGUACAGGAGCUGGAGGCAGGGAACAGCAUCCCUGACCUACCUCUACUGGUCCAGAAGAUGAGGCAGCAGAGGAAGAACAUGCUGCAGGAGAAGCUGCACCUGAAGUUCUGUUACGAGGCGGUGCUGAAACACGCUGAGCAGGUCCUCCAGAGACACGGCUACCUCCCUACCGCCCCCUGCAGCAAGACACCCAGCACUGCUGCCACCAAGCCUUACUCUCGCCAGGAGUCCCAACAGGACAUCGUUCUGGGAGGUGACAUGACCAUCAGCUCCAUUCAGGCCACCAUCGCCAAACUCAGCAUCCGGCCCCCCAGUGCCACUGACCCAGCCAUGGACCCUGUCCCUGACAUUGGUGCCCCCUCUGGCCUAGAGGACCAACCCUUCACCCCCCCCACCGGCCUGCCCUUGGAUAGAGAGCUAGAGCCAGCCGCCACCCUCGCCCGGGACCCCUUUCCCAGCGGAACCCAACCCUCCUCCCUCAGUCCCACACUCUCCUCCCCAGAGGAGGUUCAGUCCCCACCACCCAAUGGUGUGGAUACUUCCUCGCCCAAUAACCAGGUGACCCCUGAUCCAGCCCCUCCCUCUGGCCCGGCCCUGAACUCUCUGGAGCUGCUGGCCUCUCUGACGGCCGAGGCCUUCUCCAUGGAGGGUGGUGGGUGCAAGGGGAAGCACCGUGUCACUAAGCAGAGCUUCCUGCAGCCUGCCGAGGGCCAGGGCCUCCAUCAGGGGCCCCGCGAGGAGGAGGGAGACGACCCCCUGAGCAACCUCGACCCCCUCUGGAGCCUCAACAAGAACUGAAACACAGCCUCGCUCUCACUUCAUAGCUGUGUCAAACUGACCUGUAGCCUUUAGUACUAGUUCUUCUUGAUUCUCUGCUAAUGAACCAAAAUGACUAGAAUGGUGGAAACUCCAAGAUUCACAACUAGAAGUUAUUAGUGGUAGGGGCUGGUUUGAACCUGGUUUUGAACGCUUUAGGGACACUUCAGGGGUCCUACAUUCCGUCACUAGUGGCCUGGCUGUGCUUCUGGGACCGAAUCACUGCACUUGUCUUUUCUUUCCCUGUCUUUCUACCUGUACCAGAUGGGUCUGUUCUUCACUCGCUGCUUCAGAGCUGGCCACUCAGCAUCCCAGCAUGCACUCCUAGCAGCAGUGUCUAUGGUUCCCUCUUACAGCUGGUCGCUCUGGGCAAGGGGUUGGCGUGGACUCAGAUGAUAGUGACUGAUAGGAUUGCCAAAGGGUGGGUGAGGAGCUUGCAGACGCAGGCUCUCGUUAUGUUAAUCGCAUACAUAGAGCAGAAUCAGCACGUCUUAACAAUAUAUUUUUUCUUGUCUUUCAUUAACACUGUAAAUAUAUCUUGAAUAAAUUUAGGUUGGCACGG